UCUUGCUUGCCAAACCCACAGCCAUGGCCUCGUCGUCCAACGCUAUUGCCAUUCCCCGCCGCAAGGACAAGCACCCCGCCGCUUCCCGCCACUCGGUCGACUCAUCCUCUUCGUCGGCUGCUUCCACUCCCAGCACUCCCAGCUACAACCCCAAUCCUCGCAACUACCACUUCUCCCCGACCGACAGCCGCUUCUCGUAUCGCGGCUAUGGCGGCGGGGAGAGCAGCGCCUCGUCGCCAGGCACCAGCCCCCUCUCGGCAAGCACUAUGCGGCGCAGGGAGAGCUUGAUGAGUGCGACGUUUUCAAAGGCGGAGCAUACCGUCAUUAACGUGGGAGAGGAGGAAUGUCCGCGCUUGAUUACAUGUGUGAAAGCUAGCCAGGGGUUUGAUUGGAACCAGGAGAUCUUCCUCCCCUCGUACGCCGAUUACCACUUUGAUGACCUCGAGUGCCGCCAGGAUCCCGUCCAGGACAUUAUACUCACGGACGAAGAGAUCAAGAACAUGUUUCCGUCAUAGCCGCGCUCACGCUUGCUUUCCAUCUCUGCUGUACUGCAAGGCUUCAGCAGAUUACGUGGGAGACGAGGUGGCACGCUACGAUAUGGCGCAAUGGUUUCGACAUGUAAAUGCUUUGGCAAUCUUUAUAGCACGGCGAUAUUGAUUUUCGGGAGAUAUGGGCUGGGAUGGCGUUUGGCACUAUCAAGGCGUUGGCAUGUAUACUAGAUAGUGGGUCACGGCGUUGUCGGAUGAUUCCUCACUCGCCGCUCAAUGGAGAGCAUCUUGAUCUAGCAACGAUAUACGAAGAGCCUUGAAUGAAAUAGUACACAAAAU